UGGCGUGGCUUCGACACUUGCUGUCGUCCACAUGGCGUCCAAUCUGCAGACGUCUACCAUCAUUCGGACUUGCUACAAUUGUGGAGAUCCUGGGCAUUUCUCUCGUUGGUGUCCUCAUCGUAAUGGAGGGCAGACCUUUGUCUCCCAACCUCUCCUUACUCUUCCUUCUAACCCCGCUUCUCUUCCGUCUUCCUCCUCUUCUGAUCCCGUUUUGUCUGGGCAGUUUCGAAACAAUGGAUGGUACGAGGCCAAACAGCGGUUGAUCCUGCUAGAGAACACUGUAGCUGAAAUCAAGUCACGACAUGAUGCAGAGGUGGAGAAAGAGAAGAACCUUAAGGAGGAAGAGGAUAGGAAGAAGAGGAUUGUUGAAGAUAAUGAACGACGAGAGCAAGACCGUAAGGAACGAGAAGAUAUGCACAAGCGGAUGAUGGAUGAUAUGAAUGAGAAGUGGGAGAAGAGGUGUGGGAAGAUGAAAGAUAAGAAAGAUGAUUCCAAGGGGUUAUCUGAGAUGGAGUUGUUGAGAAGAGAGAUCGAAGGGCUUAAAGGUCAGAUGGUUGGACCUGCAGCCUCUACGUCAACUCAACGUGCUACGACCGAAGGUGAUGAAGUAGUAAGACAGCUGCUAAAAGAACAAGAAAACAUGAAGGCAAGGUUGGAAGAGUCUUUGGCUUCCCAGAAACGAUUGGAGAAUUUGGAAGCUGAGAUGGAUCUGAUGCGCACCAUGCGGGACGAAGCUCUCCAGGAGGUCGAGACUUGGAAGAAUGAAGCGCUGCGUCCAGGCAACAAACGUGGCUGCGCAGCGGUUACUCCUUCGUCGGUUACGCGCACUCAGUCCAAGACGAAUACAGAGUUUGCUGGCAUGGUACAUCGUUAUUCCUUGGAGGUUGAAAAAUUGAAGGAGCUGCGUAUCCUUGACUUCAAUACUAGGAGGGAAAAAGAACAGGACAACGAAAAAUUGAAGAUUGCUAUGAACGAAGCACAAAAGGCGUCAAUGGAACGAGAACAAGAGAACGAACAACUCAAAACUGCGAUUGCCAAUUUAGAAGCCGCACAACGUGAACCCUAUACCAAUCUCCGACGGAGGAUGGAUGAGAUAGCCUCUCGAUCUACAGGCCUGACGAAGAAGAAGACUGUUACCGACCCUUUGACUGCACGUGCUCUGGACUCUGGAGAAACAGCAGUUUGUCAAAGAUCAACGCACGGACCUUGCUAACAAGAAGAAGGACGAGAUUACGGAGCUCUGUCUGAAAGAAGGUUUGAAUCAUGCCACGAUUA